UCCGUACCACCAUUCCGUCGCAAGAACGGUUUCUUCACAACCUCCGCCUCCGGCCCCCUUAACGUCUAUCUCUAGGCGUUUGAAAGACUUCUAAGCAGCUCAUUGCUGCUGGCUUCCGCCAGCUCCUCGAGAACAACCACUUCCUGUGGGCCUACUCUCUCAGACAGACACCGCCAGGUCUGUUUGAGCGGCAGCUAGUGCUCCGCGGACUCUGCCAUACGGGCAAAGAUAGUCAGGCAUCUUCCACCACAAUCCUCAUCCGCCUCGAUUUCCAGGUGCUCCUGGCACUCGGUCAACCACGAUGCCCAGCCAAUCGGUUCCCAACAACUACACCUUCUCUCCUUCCGAUGCGACACCUCAUCUAACCAUCAACCACGAUGUCGCCGCCGACCUCGACUCGAGCAAUGCUUUCGAAGGACCCGAGAAGCUUCUUGAAGUCUGGUUCUCUCCAAGCCCUGACGACCUGCCGGCCGGCGCCCAGCCUGAUGGCCUGCGAUCAGUUGCCGCUGAUACGUGGGUGACCAUGCUCGACAUGGUCAACUGCAAGAUCUUGUCGGUGCUCAAGUCUGACGCCGUCGAUGCCUACUUGCUGUCCGAGUCCAGCAUGUUCGUCUUCCCCCACAAGCUCAUCCUCAAGACGUGCGGCACGACCACCCUCCUCCUUGGUCUCCAGCGUAUGCUGCACAUUGCCGCCCUUGAUGCUGGCUUCCCGUUCCACAAGGCCGAGAAGGCGGACGAGACUUGCGCUACUGCGAUUCCGUACCGUGUCUUCUACAGCCGCAAGAACUUUUUGUUCCCCGACAAGCAGCAGGGCCCCCACCGUAGCUGGAAGCAGGAAGUCAAGUAUCUGGAUGAUAUGUUUGAUGGCGGCAGUGCGUACAUGGUGGGAAAGAUGAAUGGAGACCACUGGUACCUGUACAUCACCUCUCCCAACCAGGCUAUGACACCACCUCGGACGCCCGAGGUGGAGGUCAACGGGCACCCUCCUGAGAUGACCAACGGUCUGGCGACUAUCAAUGGCAUAGCUGGGAACAACGACGAAACCCUGGAGAUUCUGAUGACCGAUUUGGACCAGGAGAACGCGAAGCAAUUCUACCUUGCCAACGCUAGUGCUGUUGCCAGCAGCAAGCUGCAAGCAGAGGCUGAGGACGCCAGAGGCAAGGCCCAAGAAAGUUUGGGAAGCUUGGAUGAGGUCGACGUGUUCGACAAUGUCGGCUCAGGCGAGGGAGCCGCCCAGAAGCUCGAAGAGACCGAAGCUCUGACCACAGAGGGCCACGCGCUGGGUACUGUUGUCUCUGAGAACUGCGGCCUCUCUGACGUGUACCCCACCAGCGUGUACCCCGAUGCCUGCGUCGAUGCGUACCUGUUCGGCCCUUGUGGGUUUUCGGCCAACGGUGUUGUGCCUCCCGUGUCCACAGCUGGGGACGUGGGAACGAAAGGUGGUCACUACUGGACGGUCCACGUCACGCCCGAGCCCGAGUGCUCAUAUGCCUCCUUUGAGACCAACGUCCCUGGCAGCCAGACGGGUCGCACCACGGCGGAGAUUAUCGAGAAUGUGGUCAACAUCUUCCAGCCUGGCCGUUUCAGCGUGACGCUGUUUGAGGCCAAGGGCAAGAGCGCAGACACGAGCGGAGCUGAGGACGGUAUCUACAAGGGCCCGUCCCGCCGGACCUUGGUGGAUCCUGUCAAGGGCUACCGUCGCGUCGAUCGCAUCGUUCACGACUUUGAAGACUACGAUCUCGUCUUUCGUUUCUAUGAGCGCGAUGGCUGGGUUGGUGACAAGACUGCGAGAGUCGGGGAGGUUGAAUGAGUCAUUUUCUAGGUAGUUGUUGAUUCGGAGCCAUUUUUUGUCUUUUAGCUUGUCGACUGGAUAUAGUACAUUGGGGAUGUCAAUACUUUUGGGAUGAAUAUAUCUUCUAGG